UUUGCUUUUCAGACCAAGAGAACUAAGAAGGCUGGUAUUGUUGGAAAAUAUGGUACCCGAUAUGGGGCUAGUCUGAGGAAGCAAAUUAAGAAGAUGGAAGUGAGUCAGCACAGCAAAUACUUCUGCGAGUUCUGUGGAAAGUAUGCAGUGAAGAGAAAGGCUGUUGGAAUUUGGGGCUGUAAGGACUGCGGGAAAGUCAAAGCCGGUGGUGCUUACACAUUGAACACGGCCAGUGCUGUGACAGUGAGGAGCACCAUUAGGAGGCUGAGGGAGCAAACUGAGAGCUAAAUUACCAGCUUGUAGUGCUAUGUAAGUUCUAGUUGUAAGAUGCUACUAUUUUUGCUCAUGAUUGUCAUUUCUAUACUAGAAGGACUAAGUCUGAAUUGGGUACUAUUGAAUUUAUGUUUUAAUUUUGAUCACAUAUUUGCUGUUAUCCCUGAAGCUGCAUCGAUGCUGGUUAAUUCAUUGGAAUCUGUUCUCUGCUUUA